CUCCAACAUUUUACGGAAGAUUUAAAAUCGAAAUGACAGAAAAAAUGUCAAAUACGUUCAAGGCACUCUUCCGUACUGAUGUUUUUAGAUUUACAAAUUUCAUAUUUACUAUGGAAAGAAAUUCAAAUAAUUAGUUGAGGAAAAAUGGGAAUAAUUAUUUCAUUUCAUAAUACGAACCACAGUCUACUAGAAUUGCAAACUAAAAAAAAAUAAUCGUGAAAAUUUAUUAUGGGAUCUCCUGAGAUAUAUCAUGAAAAGCAAAUAAGAGAAUUGUGUGCUUUACAUGCCCUCAACAAUUUGUUUCAAGCAAAGAAUGCCUUCACGAAGCCAGAAUUGGACAUUAUUUGCCAUUCCCUUUCCCCUGACCAAUGGAUUAAUCCUCAUAAAUCUAUGCUAGGAUUUGGAAAUUAUGAUAUCAAUGUUAUAAUGAAAGCACUGCAAUUGAGAGGAUAUGACACAAUAUGGUUUGAUAAGAGAAAAGAUCCUAGUUGUUUGAAUCUAUCCAAUAUUUGUGGAUAUGUAUUGAAUGUACCUAGUGACUAUAAAAUCGGGUUUUUGACAUUACCUUUGAGAAGAAAACAUUGGGUGACGAUCAGGGAAAUUGGUGGAUCAUUUUACAACUUGGAUUCCAAGUUGGAUGCUCCUGAAAUAAUUGGAAAUGAUACUGAUUUAAUCAAUUAUUUGAGAAAUGAAUUGGAUGAAAAAGAAAAACAGCUGUUUUUAGUGGUGAUCCAAGAAGUUGAGGAGGAUCAAAGCUGGUUACUUGAUAAGGACAGUUAUUGUAACAAUUCCAGUAUCAUGGAUAGUCUUGAAGCAGAAAUUGUUGAAGUGAAAAAUAUAAAAGUUGAGAACGAUGUCAACCCUGCAGGACCUCUCAGAUAGCAUUAUAUACCUAUAUGUUGUUUUUUCCUAUAAUUAAAUUUUAAUUUGGUGUUA